UCACCCACAACUCAAAGCACCUGCUACCGACCCCUAUUCUUUAUUCCUUGUGUCUCUGCUGGAAAAAAGAAGAUAGGCCCAGAAAGGAACGUGAGGCAGGAAGUUGCGAGCUGUUCGAGAUUCCUGCUGAAAAUGUGUGAAUAUUUGUUUGGCGAGAGCUAUAAUUGGCCUCUUAAUCAUAACACUGCCGCCGCCGUUUGUGGAAUCUUAUCCUGUUUUCUGUGCACAUGUUCCGCUGAGCCGCGGAGUUCCCUGACACCUCAUGGAUUUAUACUGGAAAUCAAUGUUCUAUCAUGACUACCUUAUGUACAUGCACCUACUGCAUAGUAACAAACACAUCAAUAGUGGUAUACAUCCAUGUCAACAACAGAAAACAGCAACAUUGGGACCCUUAACAGUAACACAUACUACAUCAUCGGGCACCAUGCAUGACGGGGUAAUAGUAUACCGGUCCAACCCCCCUGGAUGUAGUAGUAUAGAAGACAGUAAAACAACGUACAGUUCACCUUCUCCGCCCACCGUAAUUGAAGACCCGGAACCAUACCAAACAGAACCAGUCGACCUCUCUAUACCAAGGAAAAGAACCAACUCACAGUCAGAAAGCAAUAAAACCACAAUCUAUCCAGUCAAGACUUUCAAGGCAUAUCACAAAGUAGACAGUAAUGGUGCUUUAGACUUGAAGAAACACUCAGCAGCGACACUCAAUAUCCCAUCGCCAGUUCUAAGACACAAUGACCGAAUGCAUGACAGGGAUGGUGUCUUAAUAGCAGAUGACAACGAUGAGGAGGAUGACCAGGAGGACGAGGAUGAUGACCAACCCAACGUCACCCUCGAGAGUAUCACGAGAACAGGCGCUGGCGCCCUUAUUAAAAUUACUAGAGCAGCUGAUAACCUCAUCUCAGACAACCUAGCAAGGACGUGGCAUCCACCUCACUCCAUGAACCAAUCCAUCAACCAACCCUCAGGGAACAGAAGACCAAGGAUGGUGGUACCUACUGCAGGCGAUCCUAACCUACCCCUUAGUCUACAGACUGUUGUCAUGGAUCAUGGGAAGAGGAGACGGGUCCACCAGUGUGACUUCGCUGGGUGUAACAAGGUCUAUACCAAGAGCUCGCAUCUCAAGGCACAUAGAAGGACACACACGGGUGAAAAGCCAUAUAAAUGCCAAUGGGAUGGGUGUGGUUGGAGCUUUGCCCGUUCUGAUGAACUAACCAGACACUAUCGUAAGCACACGGGUGAUAAGCCUUUUAAAUGUCCUCACUGCGAGAGGGCUUUCUCAAGAUCUGAUCAUCUUUCACUCCACAUGAAGAGACACUGACUUACUAUUAACCAAACCGGCCAUGUGGAUGUGCGUCUUUUGAUUUGAUGUUGUCAUACUGCAAUGGUAGAGGGCAGCAGACUUGAUGUGGUUCUAAACCAGGGAGAGCUUGGGUCAUGCAGAAGGAAACAUGGUGACUAUCUAACCAAGAUGUUUCUUAGAUUGCUUGAUGGAUCAAUGUUUCCAAAGCCAUUGAGCUACCUGAAGUCUGAAAUAGAAGUGUGUUCUGAUAGAAAUGUUUCGUAUCUUUGUGUGAGGUAGCGAGAUCUUCAGGAUGGCAGGAAGACUACUCAAAAUCAGUCUUUGCAAAGCUGAUGCUUCCUUGAAAAUUGGCAGAAUCCUUCCUUGGAUGAUUGAAAGACUAUCUCAUUCAUUUCAUCCUCUGUGAUUGGAUCAUUGCUUUUCUUUUAAGCCAUCUGGUAUUUUUAUUAGCUGAUUCCAUCCGAAGGUGUGUGAUGAACCCAUGUGGUCCAUUGUCGUGAUAAGAACUUCAUGCAUCAAGUUCUCUGGAACCAUGGCAUCUCUUUGUACUCUUUAGAGCGGUAAAGAAGGUGGUUCUAAACUGAAUUUCAAUUGUAGAGGCAGGAAAUGCCUGUAGAAGAUCUCAGGUAUUAAACAGUGUCAUUCUUGACUCCCGUUUAUGUAUAAUAUAUGCUUACGUUCGCAUCUGUAUAUGAUAAAAAAGGAUAUCUUUAUCAUAUGAUUUGGGUAUACCAUCACCAUAUUAUCAUGUUAUAAAGCAAGUAAGUAUAUACCAAGUAAUGCACAAGACCAAAGGUACAUGUAUGCAAAGUUCAGAAUGUACUUUCACCCAAAGUUAGAUUUACGCUGUAUUUACUGUAGUAAGUUGUUUCAUUUGUAUGUUGUAGUAAAACAUUUUGAAAUUCUAGAUUAUUUCUGUGCAUUCAUAGAUGAACUAUUAAUCUGUUGAAAUACUCCUAUUUUGUCUUCUAUGAUGACAAUUAUAGCAAAUGAUAUUUCCACAAUUCGGUUUCAAAGCAUUUAUUGUCAUGGUAUGCUUUUCUGCUAUUUAUUCCUUGUAAAUUGUCUUCUAGAUGAAUUAAAAUGAGAUUUAUAUUCCUUCUUAUUUCUUCCACUUCUUUCUCUUCAGAUUUAUGAAUUAUAAUUUUUUAAUUAUUUGAACAUGAAAUAAAUGAAUUGAAUGCUGGUCUGAUCUCUGAUGUUUAUAAGGUGUUUAACAAACAGAACUACUUGCAUUAGAUGAUAGCAAAGUUUGAUUAAAUAACCUGCUCCUCAAAGAAAGGGAGUCCAUGAUUUUUACGUACAUAAUAGUGUAUCUAACUGACAGGAAGAAGUUUCAGUCCAUUUUACCAGUCUUCAUGACUUGAAGGAUAUCGAAUUAACUGAUUUAAUUAGUCUGAUAUAGGCAAAUUGUAUAACAACAUUUUUGUCUAUCUUGAUUUUAAGUGGUUUAAGGAAAAGGUGAUGUUUCAAUUUUGCAAUUGUGCAUUCACAUUUAUUUAAAAAAAAUCCAUGUUUUAGGUUGUAGAUUGUAAUGAAAUAUCUCAGUGAUAAAGACAAGAAUGUUUCUUCAAAUUAGAGAGUAGAGUUUGAAUUAGAUGGAAACUUUCUUUGAAGAGUCAAGAUGAUGAUGUCAUCAUUUUAUCCUGGAAUGUUUUUUUUCUGAAUAGUUUUUGUCUCUAUGAAAAGAGAAGAAGAAGAAUAUCAGGAAAGAAAUUGUCUUUACUCAAUGUCACCAGUUAUAUGUGUAUUUUUGGGAUAUAUUUUUAUGUGUUUCAGUAUCUAUCUAUACUAGGUUGAAGGUGUCCAUGUGUGAAAUUAUAUGGUAAUGAAAUUAUAGUAUGUUACUUAUAGUUAUUAUAAUGUGGUUUAAUUUUUUCCUUUUUUAAGUGGUGCUGGAAUUCACCCAAGUCUAACAGCCGACUUACUCAAUCACCUACCCUCAAACACUAUAUUACAUUUUGCCAUUUUAUUGGUUAUCAUUCAUAAUCAGAAUUAUAUAUUAUUAUAUGCCAUUUAUUGCUGCAAAAUUGUGUAACAUUGUCUCAGUGCGUGAGUGUGUGAAUGUCUUUAUGUUUAUCUCUUUAUUUUGACUUAUUUUUAUAAGUGUGUUUUAGAAUUAUGUAUGUUAUUUGGUACAAGGCUAUGAUCAUUGUUUUAAUAAAACCAGAUAUGCUGUGCAUAAUUGAAUUAAAGAAUAAUGGUUUUUAAAUUCGAAAAUUUCAGGAACUUUUGAAAUUGAUUAUCAUAUAUUCUCAUUUUGCUUGUAUGGAUAAAAUAACUCAAUGAAAUAGAGAAAGUGUUUUAAAUAUAAUUUUACACAUUUAAAGGAAAGUAUUCCGACAGGCCUCAAAUAGCUAAGUUCACUACAUUUAUUCAACCAAUGAUGUUCUUUCAUGUUUUUUCUAUUGUGCAAGAUCACUUCAAACUUGUCCUUCUCUAAAGGAAAAUUUUGAGAACACACAGGCUUUGAUAGUAAUUAGUUUAAAACACUCUUUGUUUACUGAGAUUAUAUAAGAAAGUGUUCUGUGUCUUGUUCUUUAUUUAUUUUCCAGAGAUAUAUCUUUUAUCUAUUUUUCCAUCACUUGAUAUUGAUAAUAGAGAGUGGUGAAAGAUUGUUUGAAAGUGUAGAGAGUUCUACUUACGAUUUUCGUGUAAAGUGUAAUGAGAAAUAAAGUUGAAAAGACCAUGACACAUGACAAGACAUCUAUAUACAAAGCUCCUUCUAAUGAAAGCUAAGCAAGGCAAACCAUGUGACCUACAGUAUUGUAUGAAGGUCUCAUAUAAUCAGCUUUUACUACUCAAAUUGGCAAUAUCAACAAUAAAACAAACAUAGAAUUAUUUUCCUCUCAUUUUUUGCUUUACAAAAGGACAUGCUGUACAAGUUCAAAUGAAUAAUGAUUAAACGAAAUGAUUAAAACCUCUCAAAUUAGAAAGCAUACCCUUAAAGUUGUAUCUCUAGAGGAUUUAUUUAGAAAGCAAUUAUUAUGUGAAUAGAGUAGAUAUUAACAUAGUCUUCAGAAUAAUGCCCUUGAUUAAUGUGAGACCAUUUUUGUCUCUGUUGAUUUAGUUGGGUUCAUCCUAUAGUUUCACUCUAAUGCAAAUCUUACUAUUUAUCCGUCCAAAGUGUGUAAAAAGCUUGUUCAAUAGAUCACCAAGGCCCUGUUUCAUAAAAGAUAAAUUACAAGUUUACUAUUAACCAAUCAAGUGACAUGAUUUCAGUAGCUUAUAAGAGUAACAUAUUUUAUGAAAUAGGGCCCAGAUAUUUGUAUGGUAGUGUUUCUAAUAGAGGAAGGGAGUAUCUGUUUCUGGUUUUGGAUCAUUUGUAGAUGCACUUUGUUGAAAAUAUUGUGAAGAGAGUUUGUUUGAAAACUUAAAAAAAAGAAAAAAAUCAAAAUGUUUUAUUAGAUGCAAAAUCAUGCAAUGACUCAUUGAUAAUUAUUUGCAUUGUACUGAGAGAUUCUAGAAAGUGUGAUACUCUAAAUUGAAUCAUUCUGAAUCCAAAAUAGCUAAAAAGAAUAUAAUUAUGUAUUUUCUAAGGGUAUUCUCAAAUGAAGGAUAUUAAAACUCGUGAAUUAUGUUACUUGCCAAUCUUGUUUCUUUUUAAUCUCAAUUACUUUUAGUCACUUGUUUCUUCCUCUGUUUUUCUAUUGCUUUUCCCUUUUCCAUCUCUCUGUCUUCUAUUUUCAUAUUUGAUCUGUCUGUCUCUUCACUCUCUCCCUCUCUUUCAUUUUAAUAUCAAUGCAUUUUGGAAAUCUUUAUCUUGCUGUCUUCUCUUCCCCAUACCCCCCUCUCUCUCUGUGCCAUGACUCCCACUCUCUCUUAUUACAUUUGUUAUUGCUUUUCAAAUCUAAAAAAUUGUAUGUUUCAACACGAAAUAACAUUUCUCCGAUUUCUACUUACAAUUUGUUUCUCAGUGAAAAAUUAUUUGAUAUAGUGAGUUAAAGUUAUAGAUAUUUCAAAUUCUGAUAAGUUACUGAUAAUUUGAAAUAUAUAAUUUGCAAAGUUUGAUUGCAGGGUUGCAAUCUAGCUUUGUUUUAUGUUGGAAGUAAAAGUCUUGUAAUGUGUGGAAAGUAAAUGUUUUUGUAUGCUGUGUUUGAUAUAUAUUUGAUUUUUUUUGUUUUAAUUGGUCUGACAUGCAAAACAUGAACAUUUGCUCACAGUAAUUACUUAGACUUCAGAUUCAAACUUUUCUUUUAAUUUUGAAAGCUUUAUUCUUGGGAAUUGAGUAACAAUGUACCUACCAUCCAAACAAAUACUGUUUGCAUUUUACUUUAUUAUAUUAUUAACUUAAACAAGUCUACAAGAAUUAGAUUUGGUACUUUGAGUGUGGAAGACAUUUAUUGAGAGUUGUUAUGUGUUUAUGUAGGCUUGGAUUAUAGGCGGUGUAUAUGUUGAAAGUUUUGUGCUAAUCUCUAUGUAAUCUUGUCUUUAUUACAAUGUAAAUAGCUAAAGAAUAUAUAUGUGCAUUAUAUUCAUGCCAAACUCAGAUUUUUUCCUCAAUAAAAGUAAUAAUGAA